UGCCGGGAGGUGUGGCGGCGGCGGCAGCGGGGCCGGUGCGGUGGGGCCGGAGCGGAGCGCGGCGCGAUGCAGAAAUACGAGAAGCUGGAGAAGAUCGGGGAAGGCACCUACGGGACCGUGUUCAAGGCCAAGAACCGGGAGACGCACGAGAUCGUGGCGCUGAAGCGGGUGCGGCUGGACGAUGACGACGAGGGCGUGCCCAGCUCGGCGCUGCGGGAGAUCUGCCUGCUCAAGGAGCUGAAGCACAAGAACAUCGUCAGGCUGCACGACGUCCUGCACAGCGACAAGAAGCUGACCCUGGUCUUCGAGUUCUGUGACCAGGACCUGAAGAAGUACUUCGAUAGCUGCAACGGGGACUUGGAUCCAGAGAUCGUCAAGUCGUUCAUGUACCAGCUGCUGAAGGGCCUCGCGUUUUGCCACAGCCGCAACGUCCUGCACCGAGACCUCAAGCCGCAGAACCUGCUCAUUAACAGGAACGGAGAGCUCAAACUGGCCGACUUUGGCCUGGCCCGGGCCUUCGGCAUCCCGGUGCGCUGUUACUCGGCGGAGGUCGUCACGCUGUGGUAUCGGCCCCCAGACGUGCUCUUCGGAGCCAAGCUCUACUCCACCUCCAUCGACAUGUGGUCAGCCGGCUGCAUCUUCGCAGAGCUGGCCAACGCGGGGCGGCCCCUGUUCCCGGGGAACGACGUGGACGACCAGCUGAAAAGGAUUUUCCGGCUGCUGGGAACCCCCACGGAGGAGCAGUGGCCGGCCAUGGCCAAGCUGCCGGACUACAAGGUGAGCCCUACCCCAUGUACCCCGCCACCACCUCCCUGGUCAACGUGGUGCCCAAGCUGAAUGCCACCGGCCGGGACCUGCUGCAGAACCUGCUCAAGUGCAACCCGGUGCAGCGGAUAUCGGCGGAGGAGGCCCUGCAGCACCCCUACUUCACAGACUUCUGCCCCCCCUAGGCCCCCCCGGCACUGGCCCGGCCCCGCGCUCAGCCGGCGGCAGCCCCCGGCUCCAGGCACGCUCCCGGCAGCGCUGGGGAGGGGACGGCUCCUCUGGCAGCGGGGGGGACGCGAGGUGAGGAGCGAGGUGCCAGCAUCCCGGAACCGCGGCCCCCCCCCGCCCCCUCCCCCCGUAUUUAUUAGGUUUUUAACCCGACGCCACCCGGCUGAGGGGUGCUGGCAUGGCCUCCCCACCCCGACCCCCCAACCCCACGGUGGGGCCGGGGCUGCUCCCGGGGCUGGCCGAGAGUGCACGGAGCCCUCCCCGGGGACGCAGUGCUGGUGGGGGGCAGGACCCUCUGGGACCAGGUGCGGGGACCCCGGUGGGGUGGGACCCUCCACCCUGCCUCUCCCUGCUCCCCCCCGGCCCCUUCCCCAGCAGGGGAGGGGGUCCUGGGUGCCAGCUCGGGGGUGGGGGGGGGAGCACCCCGUUUCUUUUCUACCGUGCUGCUGUACAUGGGUGAACGUGCGUGUUUGUUACCUCCAUAAAGAGCUCCCCUCUCCC